AUCAUCCUUUCAUCCUCAAGCUACCGGUAUCCCCCUUGAUCACCCCCAUCACCGAUUAGGGCUGUCCCUAGAAUUCCCUCCUAUACAUUACCGGUUUCUUCUCUCAUUUUUCCUGCCUUUGCUCUUUCCUUACGAAACGGUAACACGUCUUGCGGUUGACCUCACUCAUCUCGAUUGUGAGUUUUUCGUCCGGUCUUUUUAUUUUUUUGUUUCUCCCCAUCGUCACCUCGGUCUUACCCCGCCAUCUACUGUAUUCGACCCCCCCCCCUCAAUUCGUGGUGAGCUGUGCUAAUUACCGGUCGUAAAGAAUCCUCAUCGUUCUUAAACAAUUCCUCUUUGCCGGGCAAUCUUCAUCAUGUACGGCGCACCGGGAACCACCACUGGGGUCUCUACCCCUCAUUCUGCAUCGUCUCUCCGCCCACUUGUUCUCAAUCAUGGGUCACUUGAGCAUGCCCUCCUUAUCCCAACCACCCUUCAUUACCAUGCGACCGAGCUUCGUCAGCGGUUUGCGUCUCAAUUGCCACACCCUACAGACGAAUUUGUUCUCGACGAGGAGCCAUCAUCGGUCCCCGAGCUUCUUUCGCGAUUUUUGGCGUUUGUGACACAGCAGGUCACGGAAGGGGAGGAUGACGCACAGGGGACCUACGAGGAUGUUUUACGGCUUGUUCUGACUGAAUUCGAGGGUCGUUUUCUACGGGGUAAUGAAGUUCACGCCGUGGCCGCUCAACUGCCCGGCACUCCGGCCAAGAGGCUGGAUGUGGUCAAAUCUUACUAUAGUGCUCGCCAAGCCGCCACCCGGCCCAUCAAGGCACACGAGUCCGCUCUGUUUCGUGCUGCUACUGAGAAAACCGCCGGCGCUUAUGCAGUCUUUGGAGGGCAGGGAAACAUCGAAGAAUACUUUAACGAGCUUCGGGAGAUCUUCAACGUUUAUGGCGGAUUGGUUGAAGACUUUUUGGUUUAUUGCGCCCGGCUACUUUCCUCGCUUUCUCGAGAUCCCCGUGCGGGCAAGGUGUAUUCUAAGGGAUUAGAUGUUAUGAGAUGGCUACAGGAUGAGGAAUCCACCCCUGAUCUCACUUACCUAGUUUCUGCUCCUGUAUCCUUCCCCUUGAUUGGGCUGGUUCAACUAGCGCACUACUAUGUAACGUGCAAAAUCCUUGCCAAAGAGCCCGGGGAGCUCCGAGAAGGGCUUGCGGGUACGACUGGUCAUUCCCAAGGUAUCGUUACCGCGGCCGCGAUUGCGUCUGCGUCGACCUGGGAUUCAUUCCAUCGUAUCACAUCCGACACUCUCACCAUCCUUUUUUGGAUCGGUUGCCGUUCCCAACAAACCUAUCCCCGCACCUCACUAGCUCCUAGCACUCUACAGGAUUCGAUUAAUGAGGGCGAGGGUACUCCAUCGCCCAUGCUGUCGGUACGAGACCUGUCCCAAGCGCAGGUUCAGCACCACGUCGAUAUUACCAAUACGCAUUUGCCUCAGGAUAGGCAUAUCCAUAUCUCCUUGAUUAAUGGCGCCAGGAACGUUGUCGUGACCGGCCCUCCCCAAUCCCUUUACGGCCUUAAUCUUAGUCUAAGGAAAGUUAAAGCGCCCACCGGAUUGGACCAGAAUCGUGUUCCCUUCACGGAGAGGAAGGUUCGUUUCACGAACCGUUUCCUUCCCAUCUCGGCCCCAUUCCACUCUCCUUACCUCGAAUCUGCAACGGGUAACAUUUUGGAGGACUUGAAAGAGAUAGAAACCUUCACCCGGAAGGAUCUCGCAAUCCCUGUUUUCCACACCUCUACCGGCCAGGACCUCCGGGGUGGUUCGGGUGAUGAAUCAAUCAUUUCCGAAUUGGUGAAUAUGGUGACUCAGCAGCCGGUUCACUGGGAAGCCGCGACGGUCUUCCCCGGGGCAACCCACAUCCUUGACUUUGGCCCCGGGGGCAUUUCCGGACUUGGUGUUCUGACCCACCGCAAUAAGGACGGCACUGGCGUACGCAUAAUCAUCGCUGGCGCUUUCGAAGGCACAAACAAUGAGGUCGGGUACAAACCGGAGCUGUUCGAUAGAGAUUCUGAGCACGCGGUCAAAUAUGCCGUUAACUGGCUGAAGGAGCAUGGCCCUAAGUUAGUGCGAACAAAGCAGGGGAAGACCUUCGUCGAUACCAAAUUUUCUCGGUUGCUUGGACGGCCGCCUGUAAUGGUUGCUGGCAUGACACCUUGCACUGUGCCUUGGGACUUUGUCGCGGCUACCAUGAAUGCCGGGUAUCAGAUUGAGUUAGCUGGUAUGCCAUAUCAUUUUCUCGACUUUUGCGUAUCCUAUGCUAACACGGAUUGGCAGGUGGUGGUUAUUACAACGCCAAAGGUCUUACCGCAGCUCUUCAGAAGAUUGAACGAAAUACCAUCCCCGGCGCUGGCAUCACGGUGAAUCUUAUCUAUGUGAACCCCCGGGCUAUGGGAUGGCAGAUCCCACUUCUCCAACAGCUUCGUUCUGAAGGUGUUCCUAUUGAAGGAUUGACCAUUGGUGCCGGGGUACCGUCGAUUGAGGUUGCCAACGAGUACAUUGAGACGAUUGGGUUGAAGCACAUCUCCUUUAAACCUGGUUCUAUCGAUGCCAUUCAGCAAGUCAUCAAUAUUGCAAAGGCCAAUCCAACUUUCCCGGUGGUCCUGCAGUGGACAGGAGGAAGGGGCGGUGGUCACCACUCCUUUGAAGAUUUCCACCAGCCGAUCCUUCAGAUGUACGCACGCAUCCGGAGAUGCGAUAACAUUGCCCUCGUUGCUGGCUCUGGUUUUGGCGGGGCGGAAGAUACAUAUCCUUAUUUGACAGGAGCUUGGUCCGAGAGGUUUAAGUACCCUCCAAUGCCUUUUGACGGUGUUUUGUUCGGAAGCAGAAUGAUGACAGCAAAGGAGGCACACACCAGCUUGAAUGUAGGGUUCCCUUGAUCAAUCAUACAAUCGGGCUUAUUCUAAUUAGCAUUGUGCCCUAGGCCAAGAAAGCAAUCUGUGAGGCGGAAGGACUGCAUGAUAAGGACUGGGAGAAGACGUAUAAGGGUCCUGCUGGCGGCGUUAUUACGGUCCUGUCGGAGAUGGGCGAGCCUAUCCACAAACUUGCUACCCGUGGUGUCAAGCUUUGGUGAGUGUCAUUGGGGAUUGGUCGCCUGGACAUAUUCAACUAAUUGCUGGUCGGGUAGGGCUGAAUUGGAUCGCACGAUCUUCUCGCUCGACAAGGCCAAGCGUCUAGUCGAGCUUAAGAAGCAGCGUGAUUACAUAAUCAAGCGUCUGAAUGCCGAUUUUCAAAAGACCUGGUUUGGUCGGAAUUCUGACGGGGAGGCCGUGGAUCUCGAAGACAUGACCUAUGCCGAGGUUGUCCGUCGCAUGAUCGAACUCAUGUACGUAAAACAUGAGUCUCGUUGGAUCGAUCCCUCUUUAAAGCGUCUCACUGGGGAUUUCAUUCGACGUAUAGAGGAGCGCUUCACCUCCAUUGAGGGCCAGGCAUCCCUGCUUCAAAACUACGCAGAUUUGGAUGAUCCUUUUGCCACUGCCGAAAAGAUUCUGGCCCAUUACCCUGAGGCCAACACUCAACUCAUCAAUGCACAAGAUAUGCAGCAUUUCCUUCUUCUGUGCCAGCGGCGUGGCCAGAAGCCUGUGCCGUUUGUUCCUUCACUCGACGAGAACUUCGAAUUCUGGUUCAAGAAGGAUUCCCUUUGGCAAUCUGAGGAUCUCGAGGCUGUUGUUGGCCAGGAUGUUGGAAGGACCUGUAUUCUUCAAGGGCCUAUGGCCGCUAGGUACUCCACCAUAGUCAACGAGCCCAUCAAGGAUAUCCUCGAUGGAAUCCACAAUGGACAUAUCGCCGCACUAACAAAGGGUGUCUAUGACGGCGACGAGAGCGCGAUCCCUGUUGUUGAGUACUUUGGCGGCAAACUGAUCACUCCUUUAGACGAUAUUGAUAAGGUUGAUGGAUUAACUGUUUCUGAAGAGGGUGGAAAGACCACCUUUAGACUCUCGGCGUCCGCCUCUCAGGGUGCUCUUCCGGAAGCCGACUCCUGGCUGAGGCUGCUUGCUGGCGAAACAUAUUCCUGGAGGCAUGCGUUGUUUACCAGCGAUGUCUUUGUUCAAGGCAACAAAUUCCAGGACAAUCCAAUGAGACGUAUAUUCGCUCCCGCCCAUGGCAUGGCCGUCGAAAUUACCAACGCAAGAGAUCCGGCUCAGACCGUCAUUACCGUCAAGGAACAGAGCCACUCCGGCGGUCGCUACGUUAAGACUGUCGAGAUUAGGAUGUCGGAAAAGAAGGAGAUCCUCAUCGAUCUUAUUGAGGAGCGCACCAUACUAGGGAAGCCCGCAUCCUUGCCACUCAUCUUCCGCUAUCACCCCGAGACUGGCUCUGCAUCUAUCCGCGAGGUAAUGGAGGGAAGGAAUGAUAGAAUCAAGAUUUUUUACAGUCGUCUCUGGUUUGGCGACGAGGAGGCUCCCCUCGAUGCGGCCGUAACUGAUGUGUUCGACGGCGGACGUGCGGAGGUCACGGGACAGGCGAUUGCCGAUUUCGUUCAUGCGGUUGGGAACAAUGGCGAGGCUUUCGUUGAGCGACCUGGGAAGACUGUCUACGCACCGAUGGAUUUUGCAAUUGUGGUUGGAUGGAAAGCCAUCACCAAAGCCAUUUUUCCGAGGGCGAUUGACGGUGAUCUUCUCAAGCUGGUUCACCUUUCCAAUAGCUUUCGCAUGCUUCCCGGUGCAGAGCCCUUGAGAAAGGAUGAUGUUGUUGAAACGAAAGCUCAAAUCAAUGCCGUUCUCAACCAGACCUCCGGGAAGAUGGUGGAGGUCUGUGGAACCAUCUCGAGGGAUGGACGGCCAAUUAUGGAGGUUACUUCACAAUUCUUAUACAGGGGGGCCUACACCGACUAUGAAAACACAUUCCAGCGAAAGAUCGAGACGCCGAUGCAAGUGCAUAUGGCCUCGAGCAGAGAUGUCGCCGUUCUUCGCUCAAAGGAGUGGUUCCACCUCGACGAUCCUGAUACCGAACUUUUAGGGAAGACGCUUACGUUUCGCUUGUCAAGCUUUAUCCGAUUUAAGGAUGAGAAGGUCUUCAGCUCCGUUGAAACCCUCGGUCAAGUGUUGGUUGAGUUGCCUACAAAGGAAGUUAUCCAGGUUGCAUCUGUCCAAUACAUUACCGGUCAGAGUCAUGGAAACCCAGUAAUUGACUAUCUCCAACGCCAUGGAACCAGCAUCGAGCAGCCUGUGAACUUUGACAAUGCUAUUCCGCUUAACGCAAAAACAGAACUUCUUAUCAGAGCCCCGGCUAGCAACGAAGGAUAUGCUCGUGUCUCGGGCGACUACAAUCCAAUUCACGUUUCGCGAACAUUCUCUAGUUACGCUAACCUUGCUGGAACUAUCACUCAUGGAAUGUUCUCAUCUGCGGCAGUGAGAUCUCUUGUUGAAACUUGGGCUGCGGAGAACAACAUUGCUAGAGUUAGAUCUUUUUCGUGUAGCUUUGUCGGUAUGGUGCUGCCGAAUGACGAUAUUGAGACCAAAUUGCAUCACGCCGGCAUGGUCAGCGGCAGAAAGAUUAUCAAAGUCGAGGCCACCAACAAAGAAACCCAAGAGAAGGUGCUUGUGGGAGAGGCCGAAGUCGAGCAACCCGUAUCCGCCUAUGUAUUUACCGGCCAAGGAAGUCAGGAGCAAGGUAUGGGAAUGGAUCUGUACGACUCUUCGCCUGUGGCUAGGGAAGUUUGGGACAGGGCUGAUAGACAUUUCAUGGACAAUUAUGGUAAGAUGUUCUCCUUGCUAUGCUAUGUCACUAUGCUAACCGUAUCACAGGUUUUGCGAUUACAAACAUUGUGAGAAACAACCCCAAGGAAUUGACUGUUCAUUUCGGCGGACCGCGUGGAAAAGCUAUUAGGCAGAAUUACAUGUCGAUGACUUUUGAGAGCGUCGGCGCGGAUGGGUCUACAAAAUCGGAAAAGAUCUUCAAAGAUGUCACAGAGACAACGACCUCGUACACUUACCGCUCCCCCACCGGCCUUUUGUCGGCGACCCAAUUUACCCAGCCCGCGCUUACCCUUAUGGAGAAGGCUUCCUUCGAAGAUAUGAGAUCUCGCGGCUUGAUCCAGCGCGAUUCUGUUUUCGCCGGACAUUCGUUAGGCGAAUACUCUGCUCUUGCAGCUUUGGCCGAGGUCAUGCCAAUUGAGUCUUUGGUCUCUGUCGUCUUCUACCGUGGCUUGACUAUGCAAGUAGCCGUCGAACGCGAUACCGAGGGAAGAAGCAACUACUCCAUGGUUGCUGUUAAUCCUGGUCGUAUUUCUAAAACCUUCAAUGAACAAGCUCUUCAGUAUGUUGUUGAUAACAUUGCUGAAGAAACUAAAUGGCUGUUGGAAGUUGUUAACUACAACGUUAUUAACCAACAAUAUGUUUGUGCCGGUGAUGUGAGUCUCCUACCAUUCUCUUGCUUCACAUUUAUUAACAUUUCGCUAGUUACGUGCUCUCGACUGCCUCACCAAUGUGCUCAACUUCCUCAAGGUGCAGAAAAUUGACAUUCAGGCCCUCAUGGCGAAGAUGUCCCUUGAGGACGUCAAGGAGAGACUCGUGGAGAUUAUCCGGGAAUGUGCUAAGCAAACAGAAGCCAAGCCGAAACCAGUUGAACUCCAACGCGGUCUCGCCACCAUCCCCCUCAGGGGUAUUGACGUCCCGUUCCACUCGACAUUCUUGCGCAGCGGAGUCAAGCCCUUCAGAUCCUUCCUCAUGAAGAAGAUUGUGAAGUCCUCGAUUGACCCCAGCAAGCUUGUUGGGAAAUAUAUCCCUAACGUGACGGCGAAGCCUUUUCAACUCACUAAGGAGUACUUUGAGGACGUGUACAAGUUGACUAAUAGCCCACGUAUCGGUCAGGUUUUGGCUAAUUGGGACAAAUACGAAGAUCCUGUCGCCUCGGCUGGAACCACUGCUUAAUCUUUCUUCUUGUGGUGAUACCUCUCCUUCACUUGUUUUCAUCUUUUUCUAUGCUUCUGUUCCUAGGUUUGGGUAAUGACUUAAAAAUGAGGUUACCAUUUCCGUUCUUAUUUCAUGUAAAUUCUUCUACAAUGGUGGCGAGCUGUAUAUAGCAUUUUGAAUUGAUUAGAUUACAGACUGC